UGCAGGGGAGUUGGACCAGAUGGCCUAUAAGGGUCCCUUCCAGCACAAACAAUUCCAUCAUUCAGUUUGCUUCUGGAUCAGUCUCACGACAUGGAGGUGUCUUCAGGACCCCUUUACUUUGGGAUCACUUCCAUAUCUACAGGCUGGAGAAAACCUCCUUCCCCAAACAACCCAUGACUGAUAAUGGAUGCAAAGAGGCCUCAGAAGGAUGGAACCAUCAGAGAAGCAGCAUGAGGAUGCAGUGGCUUUCAUGCUGCAGGGCAAAAAGUGCCCCCCAAAGAAGAAUGGUGUCACAGGCUGGAUUCUGAGGAACCUCCAGAAGACCUUUCAGAGGCCGACCUCCCUGCAGCUCUCUUCUCCCAUGGCUUUUUCUCAGUGUUGCACAGCCUCUUGUCCAAACCUGAUAGUAAGUAGAAGUGAGGCCCAUGAAGAGAAGCACGGGGAUGUGGUAUCUGUUGCCCUUCAGCGUGGUGGGACUCGCUGCUCCUUAUUGCCAGCAUCAGCAGGAGAUGGCUGCUCCGACAACACAGCACUCCGGGGCUGGUGGAGCAGUCUGCAGGUCCAGAUGGCAUCCUGUUCCUGUGCCUUCAGACCCAGUCUCACAUCUCCUUCUCCUCUGCCUUGUUCGGCAGGCUCCCCUUCCAAGGCCAAGCUCUCCAGCCUCUUCUCCCUCUUCUCACCACCAUCGCGAAUCUCUGAGCCUGAUUACAGCUCUCUGCCUUGUGCUGGCUCCAAGAAGUCUAGCAGAGGGAGCUGGAAGAAGAGCUCUCAUUGUGAAGAGCCCCCUGGUCCCAAAUUAGAAGAAUCUGCACAUUUCCCCUUCACAGGACCCAUAAUUGCUCAGAUAACUGACUACAUCUACUUGGGGAACCUCAAUGCAGCCUACAGCGGCCGGGCGCUGUGCACAAAUGGCAUUGACAGCAUCAUUGACAUGAGCAGCCUGCCCAGUGACCACAGCCUGAGCAUCAUCCCCUGCACCUGUGGGAGGGGAGGAUUCAGGCACAACUGGUCACGCCUCAGGGUUGACAUCCAGGCUUUCCUGCAUGGAAAUCUUCGUGAAAUAAGACAGCCAUGCUUCCUGGUCAUCAACGAGUGCAUUGAAGCCUUGAUGGAGAAAGGGAAGCGUGUUCUCAUUCACUGCAGGGAUGGUUACUCCUUAGGCCCUACCUGUGUCAUCCAAUACCUGAUGGUCAAGCACAGCAUGAGAUUGCUAGCAGCCUAUGAGCUUGUGAGGGCACGGUACCUACUGAAAAUCCAAGAGUGCCAUCAGGACCUACUGGUGGGUUUGGAGAUGUCCCUGCAGCCUGGUGGUGUCAAUGUAGCAUGCCUGAAGCACUCCCUGUCAAGAAAGAUGGCAUGGAGCUAAACAGGCAUAGUGGCUGAAGAAGAAAAGCCAAAAGGAAAAUAGCCUUAACUCCAUCUCAUGAGUAAAUUAGAUGAUUGUCAGUGUGGGGUCUGUAGGACAGUGCUGACAAGAUGCAUAGGUGGUGGCCUUUCUUUGCAGUUCUUAGAGGCUGGUACUGGCAGAAGUAUAGCAUGGGGAGCUCUUAGGGACACAUUAGAGGGAAAGGGAAAAAGAUUCAUUUAAGCAUAGGCUGAAGGUUCUUCAGGAAAUCCCCUGUGCUCCAGGUUGAAGAAAACUUUUCUUGGGAACUUUUGUUCCUAAGGUGCAAGUACAUAUCACCUCCGUGUCAGGGGGUUAGAACUGCAUGAUCUUUUAAGGUCCCUAACCCUAACCCAAGCCAUUUUAUAAUUCUAUGUGCCUCAGUCUCAUAUUCUUUUUGGGAAAGAGGAACCAGCCACUGGAUUGCUCAGUUGUUCUGUCUGAGCUUUUACUGUGAGCACAGUUGCUGUUGGGCUGCUGGGCUUGGUUUUUUGUUUUUUUUUUUUUUUUUGCCAACAGUAUCUUCCAUGGAAAUUAGACGUAGUCAUCUGGUGUCAUGUUGGACUAGUCACUGCAUAGUCCCUGUCCACUUGGUGCUAGUAGGAUGCCGAAGGGAAGAAAAUCAGUGUAAAGGUGGGGAGAUGGCUAUGAGAGGCAGCUUGCAUGGAUCCAUCAGCCCAGUGCUUCCAUCAUGUGGUGGUUCUCUGGAGGAACCUGGUCCAGAAGUGUCACACUUGAGUGUCUACAACACAGUGCAGAACCUCCUGUAAGUGCGAACCUUUGUUUCUGAGCAGCUUUGCAGGCUGGUGGAAGUGCUCUGAGAUUGGUGGCCCAUGUCCCCGGUGCAUUGCUCUAGCAUGAGGGGAGGGGAGCAAGGGAUUGAGUCUAGUCAUCUACUCCUUGGGAAAGGUACCCAAACUUGAACACUGUGUCCACUCUUGGUUCCCAUGCAACGCUCGUGUUCGUGUUUCAUGUUCACAGAGCUAAGACAGCUGAUUGCUCCCAGUCUUCCCUGAAGGACUUGCCUGAAGUUUGCUUAUGCUCUCCUUGGGUUUUUCUGCAAGGAACUCAUUCAUCUGUCACUCAAGCACCUGCAUUACUUCACUUGGAAACCUCUGUUUCUCUUCAUGUUAACUAUUGCUUUGUGUUUUUUCAUUUUUUUAUUUUUCUUCCUGCUGCUCACUGGGUUUCUUCCUCAUUCUAGGUCUAGGGCCCCUUUCUUUUUUUGGAGGACUGCUGCCCUGUGGUUUAACCUCUUUGCAAGGCAGCUCCAGGGAAAUGUGUUUGCAGACUGAGAGGUUCAGCCCUUUGCUCACCCUAUUACCACAUCGCACCUCUAGGACUCCUGUAUCUUACAGACAAAUCUGCUAACCAACAUUUGGUUCAUGGGACUUUUCUUUAUGUUCUUUCAACCCACUCUCUGCACUGACCUGAAGCAAUGAAGUGAAAGGAGAGCUGCAAUCUGGAGGACUCGGUGGUAGACAGCAGUGCAUGUAGUUCUGUAGAGAGCUGGGGAAAAUGACUGGAGAAUCUUUGGAAAGGGUAAUAAAGAGAUGGUUUAACUUUAGAGCCAAAUGUGGCCUAUGGAUUUGGUACUGAAGUAAAAGUGAAGUGGCUGAAUUUCUCCUCAGUGGGUGGAUGCUGCUCCUGGCUGCUGAGGGUGGCUGCUGUCUGUUUCUGAAUGUACUUUAAUCUCUAUUUUUCUGAGAAACUGGCUUGAACUGGGAGAGGCAGGCAACUUAAGAGGAUCUGCAGGGUGAUACCUCUCAUCUACAGGCUGUGAAGUGAAACCAAGAGUCCUGAUGUAGCGGAGUUGUGAUUUCACUACCCAAACCAUCUAGCUCUCAACAUUUCAGCGUGGCUAAUCCUGAGCAGACCCAGCCUUGCCCAAACAGGUCACCAGUUCCCAUCUCGAGCUUAGUUUUUUUUUACAGUAUCUGCUGUGCUGUGUGCAUGAUGCUACAGGAAGUUUGCAGCAGCAUGUUUGCUGCUAUCUGUAACAUCCAAGAAAAAAAUUUGUCGCAGCCACAUCUGAAUUAGCUUAAAACCCUUUGGCUGACAGGGGAGGGAGCGCCUGGGCUGUGGGAGGAGGACAAGAGCUGUUUGGGCUCUUGUCUCCAUGGGAUCCCCUACACACACACGCUACAUCUGCUGUGGAUAGGGCUGGUGAAUAUUUCCAGUGCCAUUUCCAUCCGCCUCUCGUUUUUGCCGUGGGUAUGUGGGUCUGGGGUGCACCUCAGCAGCUUUGGGGUUGCUUCACUUGCUGGUAGCAUGGGGCUACCCAGCAGCAGCUCCAUAGCUUUGAGCGGUUUUGUUUUUUCUUAAUAAAAACUUAACAUCUAAUGUUAAAAUAUUUUACGUGGGGAGAAGCUGCAAAUAUUUUCCUGUAUGGUGACUGAGGUUAAAAGAAGAUGCUAGCACUGAAUGGCUUGCUCAGGGAUGGCUCUCCUACAUGCUGCUGAUGGCUGAAUGCUGGUGGGGUGAUGCGUAUGCUGCGGGUUCCUUCCAGCCAGCGCUCCCCAAGGGCAGAGCUGCUCCUCUCCUGCAGUGCUGCCUGGUCUGUCCCAGCCAAGGGAGGUGCAUGGGGGCUCUUGCACACCAUUGGUCUGAGAAGGUCUCCAUGCCCUUAAAGAGAAGGUGGAUUUUCUGCUGAGCCACCCGAGAAGCCCUUUUAUACCUCCUUCCCGGCCAGCUGCUUGCGGCUUGCCAGUCAGUCCUGGCCGGCCAGCGGGGCUCUCUUUCCUUCUCCGGAUUUGG